UACCCGGGCAGGCAGCGCUCCCCCCAUAAUACCCGGGCAGGCAGCGCUCCCCCCAUAAUACCCGGGCAGGCAGCGCUCCCCCCACACUGAUACACAAGGUAUCGCUCCCCCCUUAGUCCGAUUCAUUCAUCUGUAAUAAAGCAGACUGGGUCACUAUAACCGCCUCCCCAUUACCCAAUAAUAUACGGGUGUAGCCCCCCCUCCCACAGAAAUAUACCCACCUUGCAGUUGUUUCUGUAAUACCCCGGGCUAGGGGCAGCCCUCCAUGCCCCCAAUGAUAUGGAGUACUGUACCCCCCCUGUAAUGAUCCAGCGGUCUCUCCCUCCCCUACAAUACACCAGGCUGGAGGCGCUCAGUCUGUAACUCACCGGUCAGCCAAACUGCCAGCUCCCCUAUCCGCCAGCAGCGCUCAAGGUCUGACAUUCUCCCGAGCGCCCCCUGCAGUCCCACCCAGCGCCCUGAGUGCCGGUGCCCCGCAGGCUAUACAGUAAGGAUCCAGAGCGCAGGGAGCGGAGUCAGGGGAAGGGAAAGUGCUCGCACCGCGGCCAGGGCAUAGCGGCCCCGCACAGACAGGCCAAUGUGGGAGAGAGGGGCCCGGAGAGGCUGCCUGUGUCUGGGCUGCCUGUUAUUGCUGCUUUCCCUGGGGCUGGCUUGGACUUACCGGGAGGAGCUGGAGACAGACAGGGAGAUUUGCUCGGAGAGUAAAAUCACUACGACCAAGUACCCGUGUGUGAAGCCGUCGGGGGAAUUAGCGACAUGCUUCAGGAAAAAAUGCUGCAAAGGAUAUAAAUUUGUCCUGGGGCAGUGCAUUCCAGAAGACUACGAUGUUUGCUCAGAGGCUCCAUGUGAGCAGCAGUGCACUGACAACUUUGGGAGAGUCCUGUGUACUUGUUACCCUGGGUACCUGUACGACCGGGAGAGGCACCGGAACAGAGAGAAGCCCUAUUGCUUAGAUAUCGACGAGUGCGCCUCCAAGAACGAGACUGUGUGCUCCCAUAUCUGCAUCAAUACCCCGGGGAGUUACAGAUGUGAGUGCCCUGAGGGCUAUUCCCUGGAGGAGGAUGGCAAAACCUGCACAAAGGGAUCACAAGGGGAUUUCGAGAAAUCCAACAACGUGAUGAAGGCCGGGGUCUGCUCGGAGACAUGCAAGGAUUUCCACCAAAUAAAACAGACCGUUUUACAGCUCAAGCAAAAGCUUGCGUUUCUUCCAAACAGCGUGUCGGAAUCCAGCAAACAUAUAACUGCUGAGAAGGUGUUGGCCUCUACCACUUACGUACAGGGUCCCCCUGGCUUACCUGGCGCACAGGGGCCCCCAGGAUUACCUGGUCCGAAAGGAAGCGCCGGGCAGUCUGGGAUACCGGGACCUCCUGGGCCACCGGGUCCAAGAGGAUUCAUGGGUCCAGUCGGACCGUCUCCUGAAAUCUCUCAGCUCAAACAAGGCCGGAGAGGCCCCGUUGGACCUCCGGGGGCACCAGGAAAGGAUGGCACAAAGGGAGAUCGAGGUGCUCCAGGACCAAGAGGACCUCCGGGCCCACCUGGUUCCUUCGACUUCCUGCUCCUAAUGAUGGCCGACAUAAGGAAUGACAUUGCCGAAUUACAGGACAAAGUCUUCGGGCGCAGGACGCAUUCCUCAGCCGAAGAGUUUCCUUUACCUCACGAGUUUACAAACCAUCAUGAGUCUGUGGACUUGGGUUCAGGAGAGGACUACAAACACAGAACUGUAUCAAAGAACCUACGAACAGACAAAAACAGCCGCCAUUAACUGCCGCUCAUCCACAUGGAAAUAACUUUAUAUUUUUUUUUCUCAAUGUAUAAAAAAAAAAGAUGCACUGAAAAAUGUAAAGAGUAUCUAUUUUUGACUUUUGAAUUUAUUGUUAUUAAUAUUAUUAUUUUGUACUAUUAUGUUGCUUCUCCAUUGCAAAACAGGCUCCUCGGAAAAAUGCAGCGAAAAUGCCACUUUGGAAUCUUCAAAAUCCACAGCUCCCAUUGGCCAGAGGCUAAAGGCAAAGCACAAAACUGGAAAAUGACACCCAACCAUAAAUAUGGCCCCUAAAGUGAUGUAUUUGGGAAAGAAAUAUUGGCAGAUGAUCCAGUAUAUGAUGCCGGACUAGAAUACGCACCAUUAUAUUCCAAACCACAAGGAAUAAGAGGUCAAUAUUGUCAUUUUAUUCAAAGUAAUGGACCAACAUGGUUGUAGCCAGAAGUAAAGGGUGUUUGUACAGACAGAGCUGUCUCUAGGGGGUCUGAGCAGGAGUGAGUGCUGUGGGGUCCCGCAGAAGAGCAAUGGUAUAGGGGGAAAAUAAAAACCCUCUCAACAGCUUCCCAUGUAUCAGUAAUGCUUUAAAAGGGUUGAUCACAUUUUAAUUAAAUUUUAGUAUGAUGUAGAGAAUGUUAUUCUAAAACAAUUUGCAAUUGGUCUUCAUUUUUUAUU